CCGCCAUGAAAGGUGAGGGCGCUCCUUCCAGACCACCGGCGCUCUUUCUCACAGUCACACUGCCCCCCACCAAACAUAGUACUUCCUCUUUUGUGCAAUUUCAUGGCGAUCGGGAGAGAGGGAACCACACCGACGCACGCACACUGUCUCGGCACUCUCCAAAAGAGUUGAUUCGGGUAUCAACUUCAGCUGACAGCCUAACUUUCACAACAGACAUUGCUUUCCAGGAGUGGAUUUGAUCAAGAGGUUCUCAGAUCGGUUCUCCUGUGUUGGACAUCCAGUGUGCUCGGUCUAUGGCUCUGAUGGACAAACAUAAACAGGUCAAGCGCCAGAGGCUCGACCGCAUUUGUGAGGGUAUCCGCCCCCCCAUCCUUAAUGGGCCCAUGCAUCCACGGCCUCUGGUGGCGCUUUUGGAUGGGCGCGACUGCACUGUGGAAAUGCCCAUUUUGAAAGAUGUCGCCACCGUGGCGUUCUGCGAUGCACAGUCCACGCAAGAAAUUCACGAGAAGGUGCUGAAUGAGGCUGUGGCCGCCCUGCUUUAUCACACCAUCACUCUAUCCAGAGAUGACUUAGAGAAGUUUAAAGGCCUACGUGUAAUUGUGCGGAUUGGAUCUGGUUUUGACAAUGUUGACAUCAAAGCAGCUGCUGAACUUGGCAUUGCUGUCUGUAACGUUCCAGCGUCCUCGGUGGAGGAGACAGCCGAUACUUCUCUAUGUUUGAUCCUCAACCUGUACAGGCGAGUCACAUGGAUGCACCAGGCUCUCAGGGAGGGAACCCGUGCCUCCAGUGUGGAGCAGAUCCGAGAGGUGGCUGGCGGUGCCGCUCGCAUACGAGGAGAGACGCUGGGGAUCAUCGGACUUGGGCGCGUUGGACAAGCAGUGGCGCUUCGUGCCAAAGCGUUCGGAUUCGGCGUUAUUUUCUAUGACCCCUAUUUGCCUGAUGGCGUGGAGCGCUCCCUGGGCCUGCAGCGCAUGGCCACCCUCCAGGACUUGCUCAUCCACUCCGACUGCGUAUCCCUGCACUGCAGCCUCAACGAGCACAACCACCACCUCAUCAACGACUUCACCAUCAAACAGAUGCGGCAGGGAGCUUUCCUUGUGAACACAUCAAGAGGCGGUCUCGUUGACGAAAAAGCACUGGCUCAGGCCUUGAAGGAGGGUCGGAUACGAGGGGCCGCUUUGGACGUCCAUGAGACCGAACCCUUCAGUUUUUCAACAGGCCCGCUGAAGGAUGCCCCAAACCUGAUCUGCACUCCACAUACUUCCUGGUACAGCGAGCAGGCGUCGGUGGAGGCUCGGGAGGAGGCAGCCAGGGAAGUGCGUCGUGCCAUCACUGGUCGUAUCCCGGACAGCCUGAAGAACUGCGUGAAUAAAGAGUAUCUGAUGGCAGCGUCUCAGUGGCCCAGCAUGGAGGCUGCCACCGUUCACCCGGAACUUAACGGAGCAACGUACAGAUUUCCUCCAGGUCUGAUCAAUGUUGCCGCAGGGGGUCUCCCGGGAGCCGGCGCCGGGGUUGAAAGCCUGGUGUCGGGAAACCUGGCUCACGGCAUCGCCCCCGUCUCUCACCCACCACAUGCCCCUUCCCCGGGGCAGCCAACUAAGGCCGAAGCUGACAGAGACAUCCCCUCCGACCAAUAGCCCCCCCCCUCCACUCCUCCCUUACCCCUCAACCACCACCACCACCACCAUACACACCCCACUUUAGCCCCUCCCCUUGCUGCCGCCAGCACAUUCCGUCACCUCUUGGGAAAAAAAAAAAAACGGGCUCCAAACCCAUCCACGCAGCAUCAGACACAGUACGCCCUGAUGCCGAGCCGCUCGCCGUCACGUGACCGGCCCACCACUCACACCCGUUCUCACUUUCACCCUUCCUUCAUCCUCCCCAGUCAUCCUCACAACCCCUUAAAGUCAGCAAUAACUUUGUUCUCAAGGAUUCGAUUCAUCGGAGUGGUGUUUUUUUUCUCCGUAGUUGGCUGUCGUUUCAAUGGAAAGUCGAUCACUUGUGACUUUAGGUGUUAAUGUUUGUAAAAAGAAAAAAAAAAAAAACAUUUUCAAGGCUUUCCACUUGGCCGCAUCCUCUACUUGACUCACCCCAGUGGAGGUGCUCGGGGGCAGGAAGCCGCCCUUUUGUCCAUGAAAGGCUUGUGUUACUGCUUUCUUCUUCUUUUCUUACCCCUCUCUCCUCUUCUUCUGCCAUCCAACGUAGUUGUGAAGGGUUUGAUGUGUACUUCGAGUUAAUCGAGUUAAUCACCUCGAGCCCCAGUUUUAACCUUUUGGUGCUUUUGACUUUGUUCAGCUCGUUAUUUGUUAGUCCCAGCCUCAGUGAUCAGUGAUGCCCAGAAUCCUUUGUAGAAUUGAUGAAUUUGCGUACACCCCCCCUACUCCCCCCACUCCCCCCCACCAAUCCCGGGCAUGAAUUUCUGUCUCAUGCCCAAAAAAAGCCGCAGAGCCAACAUUCAAACAGCAGAGGGCGCUGCCUGACUGCUUUGUUUCAGCCUCAAUAGGACAACUCUGGUUUGUGAAGCAAAGACACCCCCCCAAAAAAAAAAAAAACGUGCAGACCAUCCCACCCUGUCAUGUCCCCACCCCCCCCACACAUGCUCAUGAACCCAGUAUGCAUUCUUCCUUUAAACGUGAGGGGACAGUGGAGUUUUAGAUCGUCACAAGGAGUGAGGGGGACGUUAUUCUUUACAUGCUGGCUUUGUUAACAACAGCGGUGUGUGUGUGUGUGUAAUGAGUGUGUGUGUAUAUGCGUGUUUGUUCACCCUGUUUAUAACAAGCUGAUUUCUUUCCAAAGGAAUAGUCCCCCCCCCCACCGGGAAUAACUCUUUACCGCUGUCCCUCUGGUGUCAAGGAAAACACCUUUUUCUCGUACCUCAGUAACAGAUAUUGAAUGUACCGUGCAUACCCUUUUAUUUUUUUGUACAGAUUUUUCUAGAUUCUUCUUACUGUUCUUUACCAGAAGGGUUGUGAUAUUGUAGCAGUAAUAAGAUGAAAUUAAAAAAAAAAAAAAAAAAAAACUCCCCUCGUUAUAAAAUAAAAUAGACCAAUAGGUUGUCUCUUCAUAGGCUACUGAAUACUCAGGCUGCGAAAAAACCAAUGCUUGUCUUUUUUUUUUUUUUUUUUUUGCCUUGACCUUUAUGACCACUUUUUGUCCUCUGUCUUACUGGCUAAUGAUAAACGAGGAACAAAGAAAGGUUUUUUUUUUUUUUUUGCGUCCCUUUUUUUGUCAUCGCCCUGCUGCUCUUGUUUGUAGUGCAUGUGUGAUUUGUUUGUUUUGAACCCUUCAAAAUAAUGGCUGUUUUUUUUUUUUUUAAGCCCCAGUUGACAUUUAUGUCGUGGUCAGUUUCCAGUAAUGUGCAGUUCUGCUCCUCUACCACCCCCCCUUGCCGCCCCGUCCCCCGCUAUCCUGUACCCUCAGAGUCUAAGAGUGACUUGGAGCAUGUGAUGCUUAGCUCCUCAUGUCAUGUGAUGAAUAUAUAUUUUUAAGAAUAACCUCCCUCCCUCUCUGUUAACCCCCCCAUUACUUUACCAUUAAUGAGUAAUCUUAAAUUUUUCGCUGUUGAUGAUGAUGAUAAUGAUAAUGAUAUAUAUUUUUUCAUUUCAGCCGUGCACUGUCAUGUAUACCGGUUAGUUUUAACGUAGAUGUUUUUUUUUUUUGUUUUUUUUUUAAUGCAUAUAUGCUGUGUUCUACAUGUUGUACUGAAAAAUUUAGAUAAGAUACCCCUCUGCUUCCUACCAUAUCCCCCCCCGGCCUUACUAUCCUCCCCCCUUGUAGCUGUUCUAGAAAGUCGCCAUGGAACCACUCACUGCCUUAAUAACAGUUGACCACAGCAGGUGACCGGUAGAAACCAACUAGCCAAAAAAAAAAAAAAAGAACCCCUCACUCCUGAGUUUCUAGCAAGUAAAAAAAGACAGAAAAUAGUCAUUGAGAAAAAAAAAGUUGUAAUAUUCAACUUUAUUCUCAGUACAAUUUUCUUUUCUUUACCGUGUGGCUCUGAAAAAACUUCAUAGAAUUCGAUAUCACCUUUGCACCAAAUACAGUCCGGAGUCGACAGUUUAUAUUUUUGGAUCAAACAUAAAACACAAUUUUUUUUUUCCUCCCCUUGUCAAGUCAAGCCAGCAGUAUAUUUGUUCACAGGCUACCAAUAUAAGCACAGUGUGUGUGUGUGUGUGUGUGUGUGUGUGUGUGUGUGUGUGUGUGGUCACAAAGCUCCAGCUGAUAUUUCACUCUCGGGUGUUAAAAUUGCAAUGCACCCACCACCACUACCACCACCGCCCCUCCUGCUACUACUUCUACUACUACCGGGGAGCUUAUGAAGGGUCUUUCACUCUGCUGUGACAGAGCCCCCCCCCAGAAGGGCUGGAGUUGGGUGGAAGGGGUGAAGUAUGGGGUGGGGGGCACAGCAGACACUGGUGUCAUCUGUCCCAAAAAAAAAAAAAAAAAGAAUUGGUCACUUUUUCUCUCUCAGGGUUUGAAUGCACACACAUAUCCUUUAGCAGUUGUCCCCUCCUUCCGAAUGUAGAACGGCCGAGUGUUUUUAGAACCCCCCCCCCCCCGACCUCUUGUCUUGUUCCACAGCUUUUUUCCUUCUCUUGUUUUCCUUUUGGCACUGACGUCUAAACCAUCUAACAAGUAGUGAAUGAAAGAAUGCUAGUAAGUGUGUGUGUGUGUGUGUGUGUGUGUGUGUGUGUGAUGUUAAGAUUGGGAAAUGUAUUUUUAUGACGUGAAUUUUUUUUUUCCUCUUUUCUGUCACCCUCAUUUGUGUACUGAUUUUCACCAGACUGCAAAAACAAAAACACAAAAAAUGAAAAAAAAAAAAAAACAACCCAUCUCUGUAACUAGGCUCUUAAGCUUUAUUUUUUUGUUUACUUUUUUUUUUUAUUAGAAACAAUCAUGUUUGUGAUGGUAACUCCCAAUGGUAAACUCCACACCAUAUUUUAAUAAAAUCUUAAAAAUUAAACUUGUUUACAUGUUUUAACUUUAUAAACGCUAUACUUUUGUGUUGUGUACACAAACUUUUAUAGCUCAUUUCAUCUGAACUGGUUUCCAGUGUGCAAUCCCACCGCUUUUUAGGACACGGAUUUGUGUUUACGGAGCUUUCACCAUAAACAAAAUUGUUUACUGCGGUUUGUCGGGUUCUUUUAUUGGGCGUCACACGGGCACCGCAGUGCCGAGAUG